CGAGUGCCACGUCCCAAGUGCUACGCGGAGGAGCCGAGCGGGCGGUGCGCGGGGGGGCGGUGAGCAACGCAGAGCCCGGCCACAGCGAUCGCCCGCCGCCGCCGCCAUGGGCUCCUCGCAGAGGCGUCGAGAUCCCGGGCGGGGGGCACUGAAGGCUAACCACGUCUUGCGGGUUCAAGAAAAUUCACCAGGACAUAGAGCUGGACUGGAGCCGUUCUUUGAUUUUAUUGUUUCUAUUAAUGGUUCAAGAUUAAAUAAAGACAAUGACACUCUUAAGGACCUACUGAAAGCUAAUGUUGAAAAACCUGUAAAAAUGCUUAUCUACAGCAGCAAAACACUGGAGCUACGAGAGACAUCUGUCACACCAAGUAACAUGUGGGGUGGCCAGGGCUUGUUGGGAGUGAGCAUUCGUUUCUGCAGCUUUGAUGGGGCAAAUGAAAACGUUUGGCAUGUCUUGGAAGUGGAAUCAAAUUCUCCUGCAGCACUGGCAGGUCUUAGACCUCAUAGUGAUUAUAUCAUUGGAGCAGAUACAGUCAUGAAUGAGUCUGAAGAUCUAUUCAGCCUUAUUGAAACACAUGAAGCAAAACCGUUGAAACUUUAUGUGUACAAUACAGAUACCGAUAACUGUCGAGAAGUGGUUAUUACACCAAAUUCUGCAUGGGGUGGAGAAGGCAGCCUAGGAUGUGGCAUUGGAUAUGGUUAUUUGCAUCGAAUACCUACACGCCCUUUUGAAGAAGGAAAGAAAAUUUCUCUUCCUGGACAAAUGACUAGUACACCUAUUACUCCUCUUAAAGAUGGGUUUACAGAGGUCCAGCUGUCCUCAGUUAAUCCCCCAUCUUUGUCACCACCAGGAAGUACAGGAAUUGAACAGAGUCUGUCUGGACUUUCUAUUAGCUCAACUUCACCAGUUGUCAGCAAUGUUCUCAGCACAGGUGUACCAGCAGUACCACUAUUGUCACCACAAGUUAACCAAUCCCUCAUGUCUGUGCCACCAAUGAAUCCAGCUACUACAUUACCAGGUCUGAUGCCUUUACAAGCAGGACUCUCUGACCUCCCCCCACUCCCCAAUCUCAACCUCCCCGCACCACACAUCAUGCCAGGUGUGAGCUUACAGGAAAUCGUGAACUCAGGUUUGCCACCUCUUCCUUCCUUGCCUCCCCAAGACUUACUACCUGCCAUUCCACCUCUCCCUUUGCCAUCCAAGUUCCUCCCGCCAUUCCCACUGGUUCCAGAAGUCUCUUCUGCAGCAAGCUCUGGGGAGCUGCUGUCUUCCCUUCCACCCACCGGCAACCCACCCUCCAACCCCGUCACGACUACUGCCAAGGCAGACGCUGCCUCCUCACUCACGGUGGAUGUGAUGUCCCCUCCUGCAAAGGCCCCCACUGCUGCUGAGGACAGAGUCAGCGAAUCCGCCCGAGCCAGUGAGAAGCCUCUUUCUGCAGUUACGAAUGCAAAUGCUUCUGAGUCACCUUAACUCUGAACCGUUCUUUGGAGUUGGCGUGGUGUAUUAUUAACCACGGGAGCGUGUAUGGAAAUGCAAACUUCCAUUAAUUUCAUACUAGUCUGUAUUGGAUCUGUAGGCAUCCUGUAAAUAAUUCCAAAGGGAAAACUAAGCAAGAGGAUGUGGGCUUGUAUCCUGCCAAGUUGGGGUGCAGUUCAUGGGCUGGGGAGGGAAGUGUCAGAAAGUACUUGUUAUUUUAAAACAACCAAAAAGAAUUAUAAGGGUGGCUUGCUGCCAGGCUUCCACUGCCAUUUUUGGGUGUGUACAUCUUUGGGAAAAUGGUGACAGGGUGUCCGCUAGGUUUCCUGUCUCCCUACUGCUCCUUCUGUAAGAAAACGUUAUGCCUGGUACUUACACAUGGCAUUUCUUGUGGUUUGUAAAUCGUUUGCAAGAAGGCAAACCACCUCACUAAACCAUGAAAAGAGGUAUUUUACUUUUGGUCUCUGAGUUGCAUCUCUAUUAAGGUUUACAGGAAAAUUCCAACUAAAGAUAUUUGUUAAAGCUACAUGGUGUGCACUAUUAAUUGAACAUCUUUUUAUUCAGCCUCUACACAGAUCCUUGUUUUGAGCUCUCAAAAUUACUCAGACAACAUUUUGUACCUGCUGCUGUUGCUUAUAAGUCCACCAUAAAAUGGCAUUUAUAAAGAAAUAAAGGAGAUGUUGCACAGUUUUAAACCAGAAGGUGGCACUUUGUGGCUACUUAAAAUAUUAUAGCUACUGGGUACAUAUAGAUACAGCAAUAAAUUACAGUAAUUUCACUUUUUAUGUUAUAUUUAAAUUACAGUUCCUAAUUGCCAUGUGUGUACUUGUUACUCCCCAGUCUGUCACACAUUUUGUAAUUUUUCAUGUUUCAUGUUUGCAUUCUCCUAAUUUUUCUAAGAGGUGGUAAAUUAACUGAAAUUGAUAUAUUGAAUGAACUUAAACAAAUGUUGUAUUCCUUUUUUGAAAUAAGAUGGAAGAAGUUCAUCAGUCAUUGACCUAGUCAUUGAAAACACUUAUUUCUCCUGCAGUGGUGGACACUGCUAAUGUAGCAUCAUAUGUGACUGGCGACUGACCUCUGACCACUCAGCCAGAAACCAGAGUCAUCACCGCCAACCCAGCCUGUUGGUGGGUUUGGUGUGUGUGUGUGUGUGUGUUGGGGGGGGGGGGGGUGCUGGCCAGCUUUAGAAUACAUCUGUUUCUGGAGCCAGGGUUGUAUUUGAAGCUAAAUGAUAAAAGAAGGCUCCAGCUCUUCAUAGAUUCUUUUGCUUGCAUUAUAAAUAUUUCUAGGUUAUUUUUCUUGGUCUUUAAUCAUGUUUUAAGGAGCUUAUAACAGAUAGAAAAACAUUCAUGAGUACUUUGAAAUGAUACAAUUUUCAACUUUCCAGGAAGGGGUAAGUUGAACAAGUUGUUACUACUUUCUAAAAGAUGCUCACAUUAAAAACAUCAACAACAAAACGUUAAGAAGAUACUUUAGUGAAGGGCAAGUGAGUAAUUUUUCAGCUUUCCAAAAUGUUUUUUGUGUUUUUCUUUUUUUCUUUCUUUCUUUCUUUUUCUUUUUUAUUCUUUUUUUCUUUUUAAAACAGCAGUUCCUCCAAGGCAGUGAUUCUUAACUCUUGACAAUGUUGAGAGCCCUGGACCUUCUUAGACAAAUGUCCGUGAACAUAUGUAAAACAAAAGGUUCUUUUGAGAGUGAGAUCCUCAGCACUCACUUGGAAGACAGUGCCCGGAUUUGGCCCAGAUUGUCUCACUGGAUCUUCCCUGAGGUGAAAGACACUUAGGUAGUCUCUGCUGCCUUCAGAAAAACCAGUUUAGGUAUUUGUAGAUAGUAGUAGAUCCGGUUCCAGGUGCCAGGAACAUGUCAAAGAUGGCGUCCCUAAUAGUAGUCUGCUCACCACCUUGGAGGGCACACAGACUAGACAGGCAGCCUCAGGGCACCCCAGGGUACAUGCUUUGGUGGAGAGGGAACUCUAAAGCUCCCACACUUGGAGAUCACAGCUAGUCAGAAUCACCUUUGAAAUCACCACUGUCAGUCAGUGCAGCUAUUCACAUGAGAGGCACAAGCCAUGGGGGAGGACAUAAUUUUGGAUUAGGUUCAAUUACUACAAAAUCCUUAGAAUCAGUGGCUUAUUUCUUCUUUUGUGUUCAGCUAGUUUGAGGUAGCAGGUCUGAGGCUGGAUGACCCACCACAGUGUCAGUGACCCCAGCUCCUGUCUCGGAAUUCUGUUGGGUGUGCUCUCACUCCCCAAAUUAUCACGUGGUCUCAGAUGACAACUGGAGCCCCAGCCAUUCCAUCCUCAGUCCAGCCAGCAAGAAGAGAAGGUACACUUAAAGGAAAUGUCACAGAAGUUGCACGUCACCAUGGCUUCCAUCCUUCUGGCCAGAACAGUCACAUGGCCACUUCUGGCUGAAAGGGAAGCUGGGAAAUGUAGUCUUUAUUCCAGGCCUUUCUGUGCCCAGUUAAAUCUCAGGGUGCCAAUAUUAAGAAAGAGGAGAAAAGCUAGUGAGGGCCCGUGUGCCCAAGAUUUGAUGGGAGCCAGGAGAAGGGGUACUUUUGUCAAGGAUGCCGGGUAAGGGGCAGGAAGGUUUCUAAGAUGACAUUUGGUGAGAAGAACUGGGCAAAGAAGGAGGCGGAGACCAUUCCAGGUUAGGAAAGGAAAUAUUUAAGGAACAGCAAGGAGUUGGAGCAGACCUUGUGUGCUCAGCUAGGGAGUUUGAGCUUUGUCUUAAAAACUGAGUCAUCACUGAAGGAUUUCCACAGCGGUGGGAAGCAGUGAGAACAAGCUCAGAUUUGCAUCUGAGAAUGCCAACACCAGCAAUAUAGAGGCUGGAGGGAGAAGCAGCAGUCUCCAGAGGCAACAGGCACUGAAAUGAGAAGCAGAGGAGGAAAGAGCUUAGAUCCCAAGAGACAAAUCAAAGACCACUUCAGUAGCUAAGGUGUACCUAAUGCUACUGAGUCUGAUGAUGACUCUUUUCCCUUUUGAUUUUUGUUCCCAUUUUUUUUCAGUCCAUUACUAAACCCACUUACCUUGGAACUGUAGCUUAGCUCAGCUCAUUUCCUGUAAAUUCUGAAGACCCAGAAAUGGCCUCUUGUGGCUUCUUCCUCAUUUGUGAGAAACCAGUUUAAGCUCAAGGCAGGAGAGAGGGGGUGUAGAGUCUGGGGUGAAGGGAUCAUUCUCUGGCCACUUAAAUCAGAGGAGUCUUCAUUGGGCCUACAGUUCAGCAAGUGAAGAUGGAGUUAAAAUUCAAGGGAUGGGUUGUGCUUGAGGACUCAGUCAGAAAGCCCUCCAUGUCACAGCCUCCAACAGUGUUGGCUACUGGUGCAUUUAUAUUAUUAGGAAAUAAAAUGCAUUUUAUUUCAAUUAUUUCUUUGUCAAAGGUUUUUUACUGGCAGAGAGUGGCCCUAUUUUUAUAAUCCUUACCUUUUAAGGAAGGCUGAAUCUCCCCUGCUUCCUGGAGGUGAAGAUACUCUAUCAGCUGCCACCCCACACCCACCCCCGCAGUGGUUUUCAGUCCUGGUUUGCAGAUUAGAAUCACCUCAAUCAUAAUAGGGAUUCCUGGGCGCUUGUAAUUUUAAAAAACUUCCCAGGGGAUUCCAAUGGGCAGCCGGAGAUGACAGCCUCUGUGCUAAACAGGCAUCUCCCUCCUGCUCAGUGGGCCUGUACCCUCCCUGUCUACAAUUAGCAGGCAUCUUACCCCCUCCUCCUUGAUACUUGAGUCUGCUGGUCCAACUUGAGAAGGGGAAAAGGCAAUAGAAAGCAUCUGCUUUUACCAACUUGCCGUUUAAAGGAGGGAUCUUUUUAUUUCGGCUUUAUUUUACCUUCUAUCUAGGAAGACGCUUUCCGGUGUGGCUAAACAAAGCCUUCCUUCAUAGGCCUCUUGGAUAUCGAGCCAAUUUGAUGAGAAGAACAGGGGAUUAAGGCCACUUAUGUGAACACGAUCGAGGACGAGGCCGGCGGAAGGGCGAGUGGGACUGGCCCCUGGGGCGGCGUCGCCCGGGCCUCCCCGCCACGCUCAGGGCGCCCAGCCACCAACCCCGAGACCCAGGAGCCCUGGAAGUGCCUGCCAUCCUGCUGCGCGCUGCUAGGUUCUCGUGGCGUGAAUAACAAGGCAGGAGACAAAACCCAGCCAGCUCUGUGCAAAGCACGCUGCGGGCAAGAAGACAAGAGGUUCACCUGCGGGGGCGCCAGGAGGUCGGGAGACGCCCUCGGCUUCUACCUCUGCUCCCUCCAGCCUAUUUUCAGUACAAAUGAGGGCUCUUCAGAGCUACACGAUUAGAGCAAUCCUCACUGAAGAGCCUGACGUCGUUUUCCCAUCGUGUAGAGUCAAGGACCAAAUCUUUAGAGGCCGGCUAGUUCCCCACAAGAUGCCUGUUCAGACCAGCCACUUAUGUGCCAAAUUACUCGAUAGCCAAAAGUUGUUUCUGGCUCCUUGCUGGACAAGGGAGUGGGCUGGUUCUUCUGUGCACGUUGACAGGACUGGCCAGCGCUGAGUGGUCCUCUUUUUCCUCCCUGGCUGCCUACGGAUCAGCCACUAUCAUGAAUGACACAGUAACUAUCCUGACCAGGAACUUUACAACCAACUGAUUACUUCAGCAGAAACAAAUGGUCAUUGAUGUCUUUCCCCCAAGGAAGACAACAGUACCUAAGACAGAAAUUCCGGGAAAACUAGCCAAAAUGUACAAAGCUACACAGAUGUCAUUUUUGGAUUCAGAGCCCAUUUUGGUGGUAAGACAACUGGCUUUGGCAUUGUUGGAAAAUUCUGCUUCACAUACUGGCCUUCAUAAGAGCACUUUAGGUGAGCCAUUUUUACGCAAAAGUUCCUGGUGGCCAGAAUAACACACUGUGGCCACUGCAUCCUGCCCAAACCCCCUUCCCCAGCUACAUACGUUCCAGUCCUUAAAAGGGCAUAAAACCCACUACUCACUUCUCCAUUGGCUCAACACCAUUCCUUCCCAAUUCCCACCUGACAGACCCCUGGGUCCAGUCGCCACUUGACCCAUCGGCUAAACCCCUGUUCUUCCUUACCAAGUCACCACCCUGGAAAGCAAAGCAUAAAUAAGCUCCCCCUUUGUCUCAACUGGGCUGAAGCUUUACCUGAGACCCCCGCCACGCUGAUGGCACCUUUCCUUCUGAGCCCCACCAUGCCCCUGCGUGAAUAAAACUUUCCUGCCUGAAAGUCGACUGGGCUACGUGCCCUCUAUGACUGUGCACCCCAAAAUUUUUAACAGGCUUGAUUUAGGAUUCCUUGGAUUAUGCAAAGAAAAAUAGUACCCAAACGCAGACCCAUAUGAGAAGAUGACAGACUCAAGGGAACAGCAAAAGGAGGACAAGAACAGAAUGAAGAAAGUUGGGGGCUGCAAAGGCCAGUGUUGGCACUGGCAAAAAGACAGUAAAGAUUCUGCAGUGAUUUUAUUGGUGAUUGUGCCAAGUUUUCACCAGGAUUACUACAACUAUAAAAACUUUUUAAAAAGUGAAUGGACUAUCAGUCCAUGAAGACUCUAGUGUAAUCUGGAACAAAAGAAACCUGAUGAAAAAACAUGCAUUAUGAUUCCAUUUUCAUGCACUAUAAAACAUACAAAUUAAAAUAUAUUGAUUUAGGGAUGCAAACACAGAUGACAAUACCAUAGAGAAAAAGCAAACAAAUUUUGUUCAUAUAAUUCAGGUCACUGGUGACAAGGAUGGCAGAGUAGGGCUUGUGAUUUUAUGAUUAGGAAUUAUGUGGGGCAUCUUAUGGGAGGGUGUCUAUGUGCUUCCCUAAUUAUGACUGCAUAUUUUUGUCAACCAUGUAUUUGUUGAAUUCAUUUUUCUGUAUGUAUGCUAUAUUUUACAAUAAAACACUCUAAAAUUGAAAA